GGUCAGAGAGAGUUUACUGCACAUCCAGCAGGCAGCAGGCAGCACAGGGCGGAACUGCAGCUCGCAGUAUAUGUCGAAGGAAGAACAAGAGCUUCAACCAAAACUUAGCCAAGUUUGUUAACAAUGCCAGCUGGGUUAAACCCACCCUCGCUCCCUUGGUGUUUCCUAACAGCACCGCGGACAGUCUCCCGGCUGGUUUGUGCGUGUUUUUCAGCAGCUGUUUGAACUUCCCUCACAUCCUCCACGACGUUAUUUUCAAGAAGGGAGAGGCGGCGGUUGCGCACUCGGCAGCCAUCUUUGGACCUGCCUGGGAGUGGGACUUCUUUCUGGCACCCCCGGUUACUUCGAGGGUGGGGAUCUCUCUCUCACUCUCUCACUCUCUCUCACUCUUUCCUCUCCUAUCUAUCUAAGCUGUAAUAACACACAAAUCUGUAUGUUAGAGCCGACUUGACAGCGUUUGAAACCACGAGGAUUUGGCGUACAGAGACACGCCGCGUCGCGGGAUGAAACAGGAAGGAGACUUUAAUAAUCCCUGAAAAAAAAAAACUGUGUUGAAAUACAACGACAGAGAGAGAGAGAGAGCUGAAAGCUGAAAGCUGAAAGCUGAAAGCUGGCCUGUCAGGGAGAGAGGCUCUGACCACAUAUGAGACCGCUGUCCUGCAGAUGAGCCAUCGGUGGGGGCUUCCAAGUCGCUGUCGCAGACCCAGAUAGUUCCUGGCGGCAGCGGCAUUGCCCCCCCCCCACAAUCCCACUAUGCCCAACAGCAGUCGGGCGGGGAGCCUGAAGGACCCCGAAAUUGCUGAUCUCUUCUUCAAGGAGGACCCGGAAAAGCUCUAUGCAGAUCUGCGCGAGAUCGGACAUGGCAGCUUUGGUGCUGUAUAUUUUGCACGGGAUGUGCGGACAAAUGAGGUGGUGGCCAUCAAGAAGAUGUCUUAUAGUGGAAAGCAGUCCACUGAGAAAUGGCAAGACAUAAUAAAGGAGGUGAAAUUCCUGCAGAGAAUACAACACCCGAACAGCAUAGAGUACAAAGGAUGUUACCUACGAGAGCACACUGCCUGGCUGGUGAUGGAGUAUUGUCUAGGCUCUGCUUCAGAUUUGUUAGAAGUUCACAAGAAACCUCUGCAAGAAGUUGAAAUAGCUGCAAUCACCCAUGGUGCUCUUCAAGGGUUGGCUUAUCUUCACUCCCACAACAUGAUUCACCGAGAUAUAAAAGCAGGAAACGUCUUACUGACAGAGCCAGGGCAGGUAAAACUAGCAGAUUUUGGUUCUGCCUCCAUUGCCUGUCCUGCCAACUCCUUCGUUGGGACUCCAUAUUGGAUGGCCCCAGAAGUAAUUUUAGCUAUGGACGAGGGUCAGUAUGACGGAAAGGUGGACAUUUGGUCUUUGGGAAUAACCUGCAUCGAAUUAGCUGAGAGAAAGCCUCCACUGUUCAACAUGAAUGCAAUGAGUGCCUUAUACCACAUAGCACAGAAUGAGAGCCCAAUGCUGCAGUCGAGUGAAUGGACGGAUUAUUUCCGAAACUUUGUUGAUUCUUGCCUUCAGAAAUUUCCCCAGGAUAGGCCAAACUCUGAGGAGCUUUUAAAGCAUGCAUUUGUCCAGCGUGAGCGACCAGAAUCGGUUCUAAUAGACCUGAUCAGUCGGACUAAGGAUGCAGUGCGGGAGCUGGACAAUCUGCAGUAUCGUAAAAUGAAGAAGAUCCUGUUUCAAGAAGCCCACAAUGGCCCCACAGCCGAGGCACAAGAUGAAGAGGAGGAGCCAGAACACAGUGUGGGUAGGACGGGUACAGUGAACAGCGUGGGGAGCAACCAGUCCAUACCCAGUAUGUCAAUCAGUGCCAGUUCCCAGAGCAGCUCUGUCAACAGUCUAACAGAUGCAGGCGACGACAAGAGCGAGGUGGACAUGGAGGGAGACCACACAGUCAUGUCCAACAGCUCCGUGAUACACCUCAAACCUGAGGAACAGGCGUAUAAUGAAGAGUCCGAACCUCAUACCCGGCCAACCGAGCAACAGUCCCCGCCUGCACACACUCCACGGCCAAAACGGAACCGCGAGCACUUUGCUACUAUACGCACAGCCUCAGUGCUGACUCGCCAGAUUAAGGAGCACGAGCAGGAUUCGGAGUUAAGGGAGCAGAUAUUGGGCUACAAGCGCAUGAGGCGGCAGCACCAGAAACAGCUGAUGGCUCUGGAAAACAAGCUGAAGGCCGAGAUGGAUGAACACAGACUCCGCCUGGACAAGGAGCUGGAAAACCAGAGGAAUAGCUUUGCCCAAGAGAUGGAGAAACUGAUCAAGAAGCACCAGGCGUCCAUGGAGAAAGAUGCAAAAACAUUUAGCAACGAUGAAAAGAAGUUCCAGCAGCACAUUCAGAGUCAGCAGAAGAAAGAGCUCAACAGCUUCCUAGAAUCCCAGAAGCGCGAGUACAAACUUCGCAAGGAGCAACUCAAAGAGGAGUUGAAUGAAAAUCAGUCAACACCUAAGAAAGAAAAGCAGGAGUGGCUGUCCAAGCAGAAGGAAAACUUCCAAAACUACCAAGCAGAGGAGGAGGCCAACUUACAGCGCCGACAGAGGCAGUAUCUGGAGCUGGAGUGCCGCAGGUUCAAGCGGAGGAUCUUGAUAGCUCGUCACAAUAUCGAACAGGAUUUAGUGCGUGAGGAGCUGAACAAGCGUCAGACCCAGAAGGACUUGGAACAUGCCAUGCUUCUCCGGCACCACGAAUCCAUGCAAGAGCUGGAGUUCCGCCAGCUCAACACCAUCCAAAAGACGAGGGCCGAGCUGAUCCGCCUGCAGCACCAGACGGAGCUCACCAAUCAGCAGGAGUACAACAAGAGGAGGGAGAGGGAACUUCGACGCAAACACGUCAUGGAGGUUCGCCAGCAACCCAAGAGCCUCAAGUCCAAAGAGCUACAGAUCAAGAAGCAGUUCCAGGACACAUGUAAGAUCCAGACCAGGCAGUACAAAGCACUGAGGAACCAUCUGUUGGAGACCACACCAAAGUCAGAGCACAAGGCUGUCCUUAAACGGCUGAAGCAGGAGCAGCACCGCAAACUUGCCAUCUUGGCAGAGCAGUAUGACCACUCCAUCAAUGAGAUGCUUUCCACUCAGGCGCUACGUCUGGAUGAGACUCAGGAGGCUCAGUGCCUAGGCCUACGAAUGCAGCUACAGCAGGAGCUGGAGCUUCUCAACGCCUACCAGAGCAAGAUCAAGAUGCAGACAGAUGCCCAGCACGAACGCGAGAGGAAGGACCUGGAGCAGAGGGUGUCACUCCGAAGGGCCCUGCUGGAACAAAAGAUCGAGGAGGAGAUGUUGUCCUUGCAGAAUGAACGCAUGGAACGAACCCGGAGCCUGCUGGAACGCCAAGCCCGAGAAGUUGAGGCUUUUGACUCCGAGAGCAUGCGCCUGGGCUUCAGCAACAUGGUGCUAGCCAACAUCUCCCCGGAAGCCCUCAGCAAUAGCUUUCCCGGAGCUCCAGGAAGUUGGAGUCACCAUCAGCAACAGCAUCCACCCGGGAGUGCUCAAGGGCAGCGCUGGGGCAGCGGCAGCCUGGGCGCGGGGUCGAGCCUCCAAGGCAGCCAUCACCACUAUCACUCCAGUCCGGGAGGGUCAUCUAUGCAGCAAGGCUGGGGGCAAGGCAUGCAGGGAGGUGGGGCUCCAUCACCGUGGGGCCACUCGUCGGCGGUCUCCCGCAGCAGUGUAGGUCUACAGAACAGCCCCCAAGCAAUGGGAAGGACAACCCCAGGAGGGCGCAGUGAGCCGGGCAUGAGCAGGAGUACCAGUGUCACCUCUCAGAUAUCUAACGGGUCACACCUCUCCUACACAUAGAUCCUCCGUCAGCCCCGGAGUUAGAGGUUGAGCGUGCGCGUGCGGGUUGGGGGGUUGGGAUGUAGAAUCCAACAAACACAGCAGGACAGAGUAUCGGCUGAGGUCUGCCGCUCUGUGUCUGUCUUCCUCCGGUUCUACCGUGUACAGAUGUGGAUGUGUGAUGAAAUAAAUGUUGCUCAGGUCAAAAGGGCUGGAAGAUACGCAGCCCGUCCUCACGGCAGUUUAUCGGCACACAUACAGAUCCUUAAAUUUAUGUUACAUAAGCAAUUUGAGUGUCAACACAUAAUACUCCCAUUUGUUUUUAUUUACAGCUCUCUCCUACGGAAUUUAAAAAAAAUAUAUAUAUAUGUUUCAUGCUACAGCCAUUGCUCUCAUUUUGCACAUGAAACACUGUUAAAAAGCCUUUGACACGUGUUAAUUAAGUCCCUUAGAAAUGUGGUAUCAAACAAUCACAGUAAAUUGAAUCUUAUUUAGCACCCCUCCCCCCCUCCUUCAUAUUCAGUUAUACACUGGUCGAUUCUCUGACGGUGGUUUUAAAAUGCAGCAGACCUGACUAGAAAUGCUAUGCUGUUGUGAUACGAGCCUGCUGUAAUGGUCAUUGUGAUAAAUUAGAUGCUUUGUUCGUUUUAUUUUUUUUUUUCGAUUUCCUCGUCAUCAGCCAAAAUGAGACUUCAAAAAAAUCGGAGCCAAAUGAACUAAAUCCUAACAGGCUUAUGCUACAACACUACUACAGUGCCUUUUUGAACCUUUUGGUUAUAGAAGAUCUCAGAUGUUUAUAGUUUGAUAUUUUAAAUUUGAUCCUCAAGUUUCUAAUCUGUGCCAGUGUAUGUUUAGUUCAGUCUAUUUUAAAGAUUCUUUUUCUUGGGCCUUUUCAAGCUUUAUUUCUGAUAGAGACAGCUGAAGAGUGACAGGAAUGCGGGGAGGGAGAGCGAGACAGAGCCACAGGUCGGAUUCGAACCCUGGGCUUUCCGCAGCAAAGACUGAGCCUUCGCACAUGGGUUCAGUCUGUUUUACACCUGUGAUUUUAGUUCCCAAAUACUUUUUUUCUCACAUUAUUAUAUUCACUGUGUAUACAGUAAAGUUGGUUUAAGUCUUAUGAAUGGUGAGGUAAUAGAAAAAUGACUUGUGUAUAUCAGUAACUAUAUUUUUUAGGGCUUCAGAGUGGUGGUACUCGAGGGGGGGUGAACCCCUCUGUUACAGAGAAUGUCGUACACAUUCACAGGAGGAAAGAAAAAAAAAAAGACACGUUUGCCUUUGAAAACAAUCCUAGUAUUGAUCUGUUGAUUUUUAUUAGUGCCUUUUUAAAACUGCUGCCUUUUUUAAAGCACUUUAUACAGCUAAAUAUGCGUAAGAUUAAUAUGACUUCCUUCUCGCGAAGCACCUGGUGGGUUAGUGUUUUGUCGGUACGUAUGUAGGGGAGAGUCGAGCUAACCUGUGCUGUGAUUUUAUUUUUUUAAGGAGCGAUUUAUCCCCCCCCCCAAGUACAGACAAGGCCAAGUGUAUGUCGACAUGCAGUAUGCGAGUGAAAGCUUUUUCCCCCCUCUUCCUGCAGCUUCUGAAACUGUAGCUGUCGUCGGCCGUCUCCUCUGUGUGCUUGUGUUGAAUUUUGAUUGAGUAGAGGUUGUGAGGAUGCUGCAGUCUUUUUACAGUUUCUAUAAAACACAAACCGAGUUACCUGAAACGAAUCCAUUAGUGUACGUGCAGACAAGAUAGCUUAGGAUCAUUGUCAUGACCAUGACAGCAGGCUUGGCACUAACUAAGAAAACUACAACACUGUUUUAAAAAAAUGUUGGGGUCCAGUUAAGUAACACUAAAAGAAAAAAAAAAAAAGGUGCUAAGUUUCUAAAUGUUACACCAUCUCAUCAGAACCCAGGAACGAGGGUGACUGAAUGAAGCACACGCUCGCACGAUGGCAUUGUAGCAUAUACGUGUAAAUGUGUAAAACCCACGUCAACGCACACUCUGUGAAAUACAGCCAAAUACAAAAUAAAUGUGGCAAAAUAACAAAAAAACAAAACAAAAAAAAAAAGCACUUAGGAAUUCCUUUUGAUAACUCUAGCAGCAGCUCCUCUAAUAAUAUCUGUUUCUGUUCGCUCCCUUCUCUCUGGUUUGUGGUUGAAAUAUCUUUUGGAAAUGUUUUAACAGCCUCCCUGUUCACAUUUUUCUUUCCAUGCACAGAAUUUAAAACACUUUGUUGGAAAAAAAAAAAGGCCUUUAAGGAUAAUGAUCCAGAGAUAAUACGGAGAUAUAUAUAUAUAUAUACUCCCCUGAAUCACAAAGCUGGAGUUAAAUGUUCAUAUGUGUAUAUUUUAUUAAAGAAAACAUUUAAAGACUAAACUCACAUUUUAAGAAAAUCAUUUCUAAAACUAACUUUUUUUUUCUUUUUUUUUAACUGAUGGACCACACUGAUGUAACCCAACCUUUCACUCUCACAGUGAAAGUGGUGUUGAGUUGUCUGGACGUAGCUCAUUGGAAGAUAUUCUUGGUUUUGUGUACACAGACAGAAUGCCGCAUAUGCAUGUAUUUGCUGUCAUCUCCUACUUAUUUAGUCAGCCAGGCCACCUCUCGAUGGACUCGCUGCAGGGUUCGUUCUCCCCUUUACUGCACACGUUUUGACCCUUUGUCCCCAUUUCACUCUGAUUCAGAGCCGCCUUUUACAUACGCUGGCUCUUUUCUGAACGCCGUACUGUGAUGUUAUUCAUAUCACAUUUGAGGACACAAAAAUGCUGGGGUCGUUUUCUUUUUUCUUAAAGAAGUGGGAUUUGUUUUUGUUUUUUUUUCCAUGUGUGUGUGUGUCUGUGUGUGCGUGUGUGUGUGUGUGUGUAUGUGUAUAAUCCUACCUAGAAAGUAUGCAUCAUAUCAUUGUUACAUAAUGGUUUGGUCCCAAAACUCUUUUAUUGCUACUCGUUCCAGCUACUGUAACACAGUAAUAAUUUCUUUUCUGGUUUAUUGAUAUUUGGUAAAUAAAAGGGGGAAUGUAUUUAUCAUGAUCAGAUUAUUCUUAAUUCAAAAAAAGCCAACACCAAGAGUUUGAAUGUCAGGGCCAAUCAAACCUCACACACAUGCCAACCUUUUAAAGUUUGUAUGCACAAUUUCUGUUCACUUUUACGUCAAUGUCGUGUGCGCAGGAGAGUCUGGAUAUCGUUGUCAAUCAUUGUCAGUGCUAAGACCUUUCCACCAACCUGGAUUUUAUUUUUUAUUUUCACUUUUAACUUUUGAUGUCAAUUUUUCUUUUUUUUUUGUCCUACUGACUGAAAGCACGUGGGAUACCGAGAAUGAGAAUCGGCAACAGAAACAUGGUGAUCCUUUUUAUGGUCAAACACUGUGCCAUACCUGAGUUGCCAAGCCCAGAUACCACUGCAUUGUCUCAUCUCCAUGGUUGGACCGAUAAUCGGGCUGACGGCAUGAAAUGUAUGAAACAAGUUGGUUCUGGUCUAGUGGCCAAAGUUUUAAAAAAAGAGAAAAAAGAAAGAAAGAGACAGGCAAAUUAUGAAAAGAGAUUGCAUUUCUUUGAAGAUGUCAGUAUUCUUCUUUGGCACAUUUACCACUACGACUCAUAAUAACCUGUAUUAAACUGUAUAGAUGGUGGAAAACUUUUUUGUUUUUGUUUUGAAUGUUCAAAGAGAUUAUAAGGAUACUACAUAAGAGAUGGUAAAGUACUAAAAGUGGAUUUAAAUUGUGUAAAAAAACAAAACAAUAAAAAAAAACAAUAAAAAUAGGAUCAAAUUUACUAUUUUGUUUGUAUUAUAUUUACCAUUUGUGUUGGCAGAGGGAUAUUGAACAGAAAUCAGCUGUAAUAAAGUAAUUUUAGUAUAA